AUGUUGACACAAUACCCCCUGUAAAAGAAUGGUUUAGUCUAUAUCAUAGCCAUCAUGGCGGCGCCCUUUAGAAAAUUUUGCCUUCAUAUGUCCGUCAGAUUAUCUCCAGGUUUUCAGGCUGGAAGAUGUACUACACCCAGAGUUUCAGCCUGUCUCUGUUCACAACAAGCCACAAGUCCAUCCCCAGAGAACAGUAGAACAGACCCGCUCAAGCCUGCACAGCCUGAGUUUAUAGAAUCUAAAGCAGACUUCAAAUGGGUGGAGAGGUUGAUGCCAAGAUACCAGAUCCCACCUGUCCCUGAACAUCCACACUACCCCACACCGAGUGGCUGGGUACCACCUACGGAUCCUCCCCCAGAUCUCCCGUACUCUGUGCGUAGAACUCGCUUCUCUCAGAUCCCAGUGUAUGAGAAGUUCAAUAAGGACGGAUCACGGAAACAAACCAUCAUCGCUCACAUCGAGGGAGACAUAUGGGCAUUGGAAAAGGAGUUGGAAGAGUUCUUACCUGCCGUUAUUGGUAGAAAUCCUGCCAUGCAGGUCAAUGAGGUCACCAGAAAAGUUGUCAUUAAAGGCCUGGUAACAGAGGAGGUGAAGAAGUGGCUGUUAGAAAAGGGCUUCUGAGCCACUGCUGUAAGCUGAGGGAUCAGAAUGUACCAAAUACUAUUGUCAGGAAGUUUAGUUCAUUACAGCUUGAGAUACUAUAAAAAAGGAAGGAUACAGGUCACCAUUUGUUUGUGAAAUAAGAUGAAGACAAUUAUAUGAAGUUCCUUUUCAUAA